UGGUCUGGUGACGUGUCUCUCUCUCUCUCUCUCUCUCUCUCUCAGUGUCUCUCUCUCUCUCUCUCUCUCUGUCUCUCUCUUGAUGGAGCCUCUCUGACUCUCUGUCUCCGCUGUCUCUCUGUCUCUCUCUGGUCCCAGUAACACGACAGGACUCGUCUUCAGGACACCAUGGGCAUUAAAUUUUUGGAGGUCAUCAAGCCUUUCUGUGCGGUCUUGCCAGAAAUUCAGAAACCAGAAAGAAAGAUUCAAUUUAGAGAAAAAGUACUAUGGACGGCCAUCACGCUAUUCAUCUUUCUGGUGUGCUGCCAGAUUCCUCUCUUCGGCAUCAUGUCGUCAGAUUCAGCAGAUCCCUUCUACUGGAUGAGAGUAAUCCUGGCUUCCAACAGAGGUACUCUGAUGGAGCUGGGUAUCUCACCCAUUGUCACCUCAGGCCUUAUCAUGCAGCUGCUGGCUGGUGCCAAGAUCAUUGAGGUGGGAGACACUCCCAAGGACAGAGCCCUCUUCAAUGGAGCUCAGAAAUUGUUUGGAAUGAUCAUCACCAUUGGACAGGCCAUUGUAUAUGUUAUGACUGGCAUGUAUGGAGACCCUUCAGAGAUGGGUGCUGGGAUAUGCUUGCUCAUCAUCAUCCAGCUCUUUGUCGCAGGUCUGAUUGUGUUGCUGCUGGACGAGCUGCUCCAGAAGGGCUAUGGUCUGGGCUCGGGUAUCUCUCUCUUCAUCGCGACCAACAUCUGUGAGACGAUCGUGUGGAAGGCCUUCAGCCCCACCACUGUCAACACCGGCAGAGGUACUGAGUUUGAGGGAGCCAUCAUUGCUCUCUUUCAUCUUAUUGCCACCCGCACGGACAAGGUGCGCGCCCUGAGAGAGGCCUUCUACAGACAAAACCUGCCUAACCUCAUGAACCUCAUCGCCACCGUCUUUGUGUUUGCAGUGGUCAUAUACUUCCAGGGCUUCAGGGUGGACCUGCCCAUCAAGUCAGCACGCUACCGUGGACAAUACAACACCUACCCCAUCAAACUGUUCUACACCUCCAACAUCCCCAUCAUCCUGCAGUCUGCCCUGGUCUCCAAUCUCUACGUCAUUUCUCAGAUGCUCUCAACGCGUUUCAGCGGCAACUUCCUCGUCAACCUACUGGGUACCUGGUCUGACGCCACGAGUGGUGGACCAGCUCGAGCCUAUCCGGUGGGUGGACUCUGCUACUUCCUCUCUCCUCCAGAGUCGUUUGGUUCUGUCCUGGAUGAUCCGGUUCACGCUUGUAUCUACAUUUGCUUCAUGCUUGGCUCCUGCGCCUUCUUCUCCAAGACCUGGAUUGAGGUCUCAGGAUCCUCUGCCAAAGAUGUGGCGAAGCAGCUGAAGGAGCAGCAGAUGGUGAUGAGGGGACACAGAGAGACCUCUAUGGUGCACGAGCUCAACAGGUACAUCCCCACAGCUGCUGCCUUCGGUGGCCUCUGCAUAGGAGGGCUGUCGGUCAUGGCUGACUUCCUGGGUGCCAUUGGUUCAGGUACAGGAAUCCUCUUGGCUGUGACCAUCAUCUACCAGUACUUUGAAAUCUUUGUAAAGGAGCAGAGCGAAGUGGGCAGCAUGGGAGCACUGCUUUUCUAGAAAAUACCAACCUUCUGACACACAUCAGACAAAGCGCAUCCACCCCCCCAUCAGUUUUGUUAUUUUGCAUUUUUUUUUUUUAGCAAUUCGCACAAUCAGUCCAUUUUGCAGCUGGGAUAAGCAACUUUACUCCACCACCUGUGUUUUCAACCAUUACCUCUCUAGCGUGUCAAUGCUGAGAAAACCACGUCGGUUGCUCCCAGCGUUGAGCAUAGUAUUGUGCGUCUUCAGUCCAUUUACUCCAAUAGCUAUAAUCCAUCUCUCUGCAGGCUGCCUAAGUCCCCACUGACUGUCUUAUCAGCUGAAGAAUGCCUAAAAGCACACAAGUGUGAGGUGCUGUCUUUGACUUACCUCAGGCAUUGUUCAUCGCGGCAUGUUCAAGGAACACUAAGACAGCGACAACAGUGCUUAUUUCAAGCUGAAAGCACUGCCUGGACAUUUCGGGAGAGUUGAAAGAAAGCCAUGUCAUGUUCAUCAUAAGUAGCAAUCGUGCUUGAGGUUUCUGGGGGGCUUUUAGUAGGAUGUGAAAGUAUAAGUAAAAUAUGCUUGUACUCCUCAUAAGGUUUCUGGUAAUCUCAGACAAGCUGUUGGUGGAUUUUAUUUACUUAUAUUUUGAUAUUUUAAAUGAUGGACUGUGUUUAUAUUCACUCUGGUCUUAUGUAGGGCACAGUGUUUGUCCUCCGUCUCUGGGUCCUCAAAGGAAAGUGUUUGUCUGUGUCGUCAUGCUCUUUUAUUCCCAGACUGAAUCGCUGCACAAUACUGCCGAGGUUGUCGGGAUGAGGGUGGGUUUGAUAGGGACGAAAAGGGGUUUCAUUUUGGUUUUUACUUUAUGUAACAGACAUAAUUGUGUUAUUAAAAAAAACAGGAUUUUUUUCCAACAUA